AUGGUUGGCAUGGACCAAAUGACCGAAGACAUUCUCUGCUUUAUGCGUCUUUCCCCUCGGCCAUUAGAGUCAAGGUCAAUUAUGGCUUCCAGGCCGGCCUGGUGUUGCUACAGAGGACCAGAAGGGUUUUUUGUUUGGAAUGGGCCACCAUUUGGGAAUGCUGAACCAAGUGUUAAGCUUGAUAGAGUUCCUUGUAGUAGUGCAAAGUUUUGUGAAGAUGGGUCUAGACUUCUGGUGAUGAAAAGUGAUUUUGCCAUUAGCAUAUAUGAUUGCAGUAGCUUUAAGGAGAUUAAGUCUUUUCAAGUUCCCAAUGUUCUUGCUGCUGUGUUGUCGCCUUGUGGGACUUAUCUUCAGACUUUUCAGAAAUCGUCGACACCACAGGAUAAGAAUGUGGUUUUGUGGAAGAUAGAGAGUGGUGAUUCUGUUUAUCAGCAAUUCCAAAAGAACAUGACAAAGACCACAUGGCCCUCGAUCCGAUUCAAUUCUGAUGAAGCUAUUGCAUGUCGGAUGGCAACAAAUGAAAUACAGUUUUUCGAUCCUAGAGAUUUCUCUAAAGGAAUUGUUCACCGUAUAAGGGUUCCGGGGGUGGCUGCUGUUGAGCUUUCAAUGGUGCCAGGGUCCCACGUGGCAGCAUUUAUCCCAGAGUCUAAGGGGAUUCCAGCCAGUGUUCAGAUAUUUGCUUGUGGGAAAGAAAUGCAAAGUCAGCCUGUUGCUCGACGUAGCUUUUUCCGAUGUAAUACAGUGCAACUGAAAUGGAAUCGUGGUUCUACUGGGCUUCUGGUUGUGGCACAAUCAGAUGUUGACAAGACCAAUCAAAGUUAUUAUGGAGAGUCCAAGCUGAACUACCUUACAACUGAUGGGACCCAUGAAGGGCUUGUACCUCUACGUAAAGAGGGGCCAAUUCAUGAUGUUCAGUGGUCAUCUUGUGGUUCAGAGUUUGCUGUUGUUUAUGGAUGUAUCCUUGUUUCCAUGCACAGAGAACAUGAAUACAUGGACCCUGCUAGUAAAUCUGGUUUGCUUGUAACUAAAAGACACGAGCUGAUAUUAGUUAUGCCUGCAUGUGCAACAUUGUUUGAUAAGAAGUGCAAUCCUCUACUUGAGCUUGGAACAGGCCCUUACAAUACUGUCCGAUGGAACCCAAAAGGGAAAUGUAUCCUUGGCAAAAUUCUAUGCUUAGCUGGUUUUGGUAACUUACCUGGUGAUAUGGUUUUCUGGGACUAUGUAGACAAAAAAAAACUUGGAACAACGAAGGCUGAAUGGUCUGUAACAAGUGAAUGGUCCCCAGAUGGAUGCUAUUUCAUGACUGCCACAACAGCUCCAAGACUACAAGUUGACAAUGGGAUCAAAAUUUUCCACCACAAUGGAUCAUUGUACUUCAAAAAGAUGUUUGACAAAUUGUAUGAGGCUGAGUGGAAACCAGAAUCACCAGAUAGAUUUGGUGAAAUUGCAGAACUAAUCAAAUCUGUUGAUUCAUUAAAAGUUGGAGAAACCAAACCUCAAGGACAAGGUGCAGCCUCCAAGAAAACUGCCCUCACCAACCCUCCUGCUCAGAAACCUGCUGCUUAUCGCCCUCCACAUGCUAAAGCUGCUGCUGCUGUUCAGGCAGAGUUGUUUGGAGGAAGCUCCACUGAACAAAUGAGCAAGAAUGCACUGAAGAACAAGAAAAAAAGAGAGAAACAAAAGGAGAAGAAGGCUGGUGGGGGUUCAUGA